AUGGCUUCUCGUCUCGCAAGGAGCGCGGUUGGCGCCGCCCGUCUCCGCCCUGCCCUGCCUCUCCGCACCGUGCCCUCGCUCGCCGCCCAGGCCCGCUUCCAGUCCUCGCAGGAGGACCCCAAGAAGAAGGCCGCGAGCAUCAUGGAGGCCAUCCCCGUCCCCGGCAACAGCCCGCUGACCAAGGCCGCCGUGCUGUCCGCCGGCGCUGGUCUGUCCGUCGCCGCCAUCAGCAACGAGCUGUACGUCGUCAACGAGGAGUCCAUCGUCGCCCUCUCGCUGCUCACCAUCUUCUGGGCCGUCGGCAAGUACGCCGGGCCUGCCUGGGCCGACUACGCCAAGCAGCAGAGCGAGAAGAUCUCGGGCAUCCUGAACAGCGCCCGCGCCGACCACACCAAGGCCGUCAAGGAGCGCAUCGAGAGCGUCCAGGACCUCGGCGGCGUCAUCGACAUCACCAAGACCCUGUUCGAGGUUUCCAAGGAGACCGCCCAGCUCGAGGCCCAGGCCUACGAGCUCGAGCAGAAGACCGCCAUCGCCACCGAGGCCAAGACGGUCCUCGACUCGUGGGUCCGCUACGAGGGCCAGGUCAAGCAGAGGCAGCAGCGCGAGCUCGCCGAGUCCAUCAUCGCCAAGAUCGAGAAGGAGCUCGAGAGCCCCAAGACCCUCAAGUCCAUCCUCGACCAGUCCGUCCUGGACGUUGAGCGCAUCGUCUCCCAGAAGGCAUAA